CAGGGACAAUUCGAAAAGUUUUCAUAUGCCAGAUUGUCAUGGCAGUAAUCUUUCUAAAGUUUUCAAAAGCAGUGGACUCUCAGAUGUUAACUUUUCUUCUCAACGAAAUGUCGAAUUACAGAACAAUGUCCCACGACAUGCAGGUGGAAAUAAACGAACUGAAGUCCAAAGUGGCAACUCUGACGUCACAGAACGACCAUUUGCAAAGAAUGGUAACGUCACUGGAUUCUAAGACUAAGCACCUCGAGCAGCAAUUAAAAAGUGACGUUAGCAAACUAAGUGCAGACCUCCUAGUUGUGGACAAAGCCACGAACAACUCUAUUCUCUUUAUCCAGACGGAACAAAAAGUAUUUGAACAGCGAAUACAGAGAGAACUUGAAAACAUUUCCAGUGAAUUUAAUGUUAAGCUAACAUUUUCAACUCACGAUGUGGUGUUUUCGGCUUAUGGCGCCCCAGGAAAUAUAUUACAGCAUAAAACUGUCAUAUUUUCAAACACCUCUAUCAAUAUUCCGCCGAGUUAUGACAACAACACUGGAAUAUACACUGUCCCGGAAGACGGUAUGUACACACUGCGCAUGACCGAUGGAAUCGUUCCUCAUACAAUCAGCAACACGUCGCCUUUCGUGGUGAACAAUAUCCAUUUGCCGGGCUGCUUUGCAUAUGGAAAGUCCAUACUUUAUGUAUGUCAGAUCUAUGUCCAGCUUCACGCAGGAGAUCAAGUGUGGAUUCAGGAUUCCAACGAUAUUAAUCACACCGACACAUCCACAUUUUCUGUGUGGAAAAUGUAGCUCUGACGUUGAAACACUUGUUAAGACUACU